AUGAAGCUCCUCUAUCCGACAUCCCUCGUGCUCGACACCAAAUCUCUCGAAGGCUUCUCGGUCGACAUUGUCCCAUACGAUGUCAAGCAGCCCAUCCCGUCCGAGCACUAUGACGCCGAAGUCCUCGUCACAUGGACCAACACGGCCGACAACCUCAAGGACGCGGCCUCCAAGCUGACCUCGCUGAAAUGGAUUCAGUCCCUGGCCGCCGGUCCCAACGACGUCCUGAACGCUGGCUUCCCCUCACACAUACAAGUCACCACAGGCAGCGGCCUCCACGACUUCACCGUAGCCGAGCACACACUGGCCAUGCUCUUAUCCUGUGCCCGCCGCCUGCAUUCAAUGCGCGAUCACCAGCUCAAGUCCAAGUGGCCUGGCCACCUCGGCGGGCCGCAACCGGACCGCCCCGCUGGCAGCUUCACGACGCUCCGCGACGCCCGCGUCUUGAUCUGGGGCUACGGCAACAUCGCCAAAACUCUGGCACCUCACCUGACCUCACUUGGAGCAACCGUCAAGGGCGUGGCUCGCAGCCAGCGCGUCGACAACGGCGUCGAGGUCUACGGCGAGGACAAACUACCCGAGCUCCUGCCCGAAACAGACGCACUUGUCAUGAUCCUGCCCGGCAGCGACAGCACGAAACACGCCCUCAACUCCGACCGCCUGAAGCUACUACCCAAGCACGCGUGGGUCGUCAACGUCGGCCGCGGCACCUCCGUCGACGAAGACGCCCUGGCGAACGCCGUACAAAACGGCGAGAUCGCCGGCGCCGCGCUCGACGUGUUCGAGACAGAGCCGCUGCCAGAAUCCAGCCGAUUCUGGGCCAUUGAGAACAUCAUCAUCAGCCCCCACGCCGCAGGAGGAAGGCCCCAGGGCGCGGAGGCCCUCGUGGCAGACAAUCUCCGCCGGUUCCGCGCGGGUCAGAGCCUUAGGAACGUGGUGGAUCGGUGA